AUCUUAAAGAUUUGUCGGUUCAUCGUAAAUCCGUUGGUGGAUUAAUAUAUGUCGGUGUCUUCGUUGAUUUUCUUAGCCUAACCAACCAAACAUAAAUAAAAAUCGAAGCUUUACUUUGUUUGCUUCUAUUAUAUCCACUUCCAACAAGAUUCCUCAAAAGGAAAGAAGAGAAAGAAGAUAAGAGAUAUCUGGUUGGUCGGAGAUGGAGAUGAUCGGAGGAGACGAUACAGAUACAGAGAUGUACGGAGCUCUAGUGACGGCACAGUCCUUAAGGUUGCGUCAUCUUCACCACUGCAGAGAGAACCAGUGUACCUCUGUUCUCGUCAAAUACAUUCAAGCUCCUGUUCAUCUUGUUUGGUCACUGGUGCGGAGAUUUGAUCAGCCGCAGAAAUACAAACCAUUUAUAAGCAGAUGCACUGUAAAUGGUGAUCCUGAGAUCGGUUGUCUCAGAGAAGUAAAUGUCAAAUCUGGUCUUCCAGCAACCACCAGUACAGAGAGAUUGGAACAGCUUGAUGAUGAAGAACACAUCCUCGGUAUCAACAUCAUUGGUGGUGAUCAUAGACUUAAGAAUUACUCUUCGAUCUUGACUGUGCAUCCGGAGAUGAUUGAUGGAAGGUCAGGAACUAUGGUGAUGGAGUCUUUUGUUGUGGAUGUUCCUCAAGGCAACACCAAAGAUGAUACAUGUUACUUCGUGGAAUCACUCAUAAAGUGUAACCUCAAAUCCUUGGCUUGUGUCUCUGAAAGAUUGGCUGCUCAAGACAUUACCAAUUCCAUCGCAACUUUCUGUAACGCUUCCAAUGGAUACAGAGAGAAGAAUCAUACAGAAACCAACCUUUGAAGAUUUGGCUAGAUUAGUCCCACGAACAAACUCAGUGAAGGAAAUUUAGAUUCAUAGAAGCACGUGUGAUCAUGCUUCUCUGCUGCUUUACUCAGAUCAGCUCCAUGGGCCAUUUUCGAGCAUGCAGUCAAAGUUUUGAUGUAAUUUGUUUUCUGGUGUUUGUUGGACAGUGUCUGUAUUUACGCACCAUUGUUAGAAAAAACAGAGCUAGGUAGUAUCUAUAUUAUCACCAAGAGUCGUUGCAGGAACAUUUUCCGUCUCUGAAAUGAUGAACCCUUGCCCCUUCUUGUAAAACAAUCUCACGGUUUCUCAAAACCGACAUGUAUUUGGCUACGGUGUGGCUAUCAGAACAUAUAUUCGUGUUUUUGACCACUCUUAUAGGAGCUAAGCCUUUCUUCUUGA